AUGGGACGUGGGGCCAUCUCACUCCUUGCCACGCUCGCCCCAAAUCCCACCCCAGCCAAGCUCUCAAUCCAGUUGUUCACCGAUGGCAUCACCAACAAGCUCAUGGCCUGCUACACAGAUGAGGACAUGGCAGACGCUGUGCUGGUCCGCAUCUACGGCAGGAAGACAGAGCUGUUUGUGGACAGGGAGACAGAGCUGAGGAAUUUCCAGGUGCUACAUGCCCAUGGCUGUGCCCCCGACCUCUACUGUGCCUUCCAGAACGGGCUCUGCUACCAGUUCCUGCCGGGCAUCGCUCUGGGACCCCAACAUGUGCGGGACCCCCACAUCUUCAGGCUGGUGGCUCAGGAGAUGGCCCGGGUACACGCCAUCCACGCCAACGGGAGCCUCCCCAAGCCCAUCCUCUGGCAGAAGCUGCACAAAUACCUCACCCUCGUGAAGACGGAUCUCAGCCCAAAGGUAUCCAACCCCAGCCUCCAGCAGGAUGUGCCCAGCCUGGAGGUGCUUGAACAGGAGCUGGCCUGGAUGAAGGAAACUCUUUCCCAGCUGGGUUCCCCCAUCGUGCUUUGCCACAACGACCUGCUCUGCAAGAACAUCAUCUACGACAGGACACGAGAACAAGUUCGAUUCAUCGACUACGAGUACACAGGCUACAACUACCAGGCGUUCGACAUCGGAAACCACUUCAAUGAGUUUGCAGGUGUGAAGGAGGUGGAUUAUCAGCUCUUCCCCAGCAAGGAGAUCCAACUGCAGUGGUUGCACUUCUACCUGCUGGCCUACAAGCAGCUCACCCAGGGGGACCCAGGCAGCUUGGGGGUGUCUGAGGAGGAGCUGGAAUCUCUCUACGUGCAAGUGAACAAGUUUACUUUGGCAUCCCACUUCUUCUGGGCAUGCUGGGGCCUGAUCCAGGAUAAAUACUCUACCAUAGACUUUAACUUCUUAAGAUAUGCAAAGCUAAGGUUUAAACAGUACUUCAAGAUGAAGCCAGUGGUCACAGCCCUGCAGAUUUCCAAAUACAAGGAGAUCCAACUGCAGUGGUUGCACUUCUACCUGCUGGCCUACAAGCAGCUCACCCAGGGGGACCCAGGCAGCUUGGGGGUGUCUGAGGAGGAGCUGGAAUCUCUCUACGUGCAAGUGAACAAGUUUACUUUGGUGAGUGGUGGAGGCAUCCCACUUCUUCUGGGCAUGCUGGGGCCUGAUCCAGGAUAA